UAAAAUUUAAACUGUCAAAAUUCGAUAAUAGCAAUUUUUAGUUCAUAUAAUAAGUGGUGUAUGUAAUUAUGUAGUAUAAAAUAAUUAGUGACGUUUUAUAAAGAUAAAAAAACAAUGUUACAUAUUUAUUGUGGGAGCUGCACAGAGUCAAAGGCAUUAUGAAACAUACCUCACAAAAGAUGGAGGAUUCGCUCUUCCAGUAUGUGCAGGUUUGAAUACACCAUGGCAUUGAGAACAACUUUAUCACGCCUGCUGGUGAACUCACAGAGAUGUUCUCUGAUCUCUGUGUCAAGGGCCCAGGGCACUUCAGCACCUGCAGCAUACGAGAGAGAGGAGCAUGUAAAAAAAGCAGCAAAAACACCUAAGGUGCAGUUUAACUGGCGUGAUGCGUUGGAUCUGGAAGGACAGCUCACAGAGGAGGAGGUCAUGAUCAGAGACAGUUUCCGCACAUACUGCCAGGAGAAGCUCAUGCCCCGUAUCCUCAUGGCCAACAGGAAUGAACAUUUCCAUCGGGAGAUUUUAAAUGAAAUGGGAGAGCUUGGUGUCCUUGGGCCUACGAUUCAAGGAUAUGGCUGUGCGGGCACUAGUUACGUGGCAUACGGUCUGAUCGCCAGGGAGGUGGAGAGAGUGGACAGUGGCUACCGUUCAGUUAUGAGUGUCCAGUCCUCACUAGUCAUGCACCCUAUCAAUGCAUAUGGAACAGAAGCACAGAAGCAGAAAUACCUGCCUAAACUGGCUAGUGGAGAGAUUCUGGGCUGUUUUGGACUUACAGAACCAAACCAUGGGAGUGAUCCUAGUGGCAUGGAGACCAAAGCCAAAUACAACCCCUCCAGCAGGACAUAUUCCAUCAGUGGGGCAAAAACAUGGAUCACCAACUCCCCAUACGCUGAUAUCUGUGUGGUGUGGGCCAAAUGUGAGGAUGGCAGAGUGAGAGGGUUUAUCCUGGAGAGAGGAAUGGAUGGCCUGAGCACCCCUAAAAUAGAGGGCAAGUUCUCCCUCAGGGCCUCAGCCACCGGGAUGAUCCUAAUGGACGAGGUUGAAGUGCCAGAGGAAAACCUGCUGCCCCAUGUGUCUGGUCUUGCGGGUCCCUUUGGCUGCCUGAAUAACGCCCGUUAUGGCAUCGCGUGGGGCGCUCUUGGUGCUGCAGAAUUUUGUUUCCACGCUGCCCGCCAGUACACCCUGGACAGAAUUCAGUUUGGAGUCCCUCUGGCCAGAAACCAGCUGAUACAGAAGAAGAUGGCAGACAUGCUGACAGAGAUUACAAUCGGCCUGCAGUCCUGUUUACAGCUGGGCAGACUCAUUGACCAAAAGAAAUACACACCAGAGAUGAUCUCCAUGCUGAAACGGAACUCAUGUGGGAGCCUGGACAUCGCCAGGCAGGCCAGAGACAUGCUGGGAGGAAACGGCAUUGCAGACGAAUACCACAUCAUACGUCAUGUCAUGAACCUAGAGGCCGUCAACACAUACGAAGGCACUCAUGACAUCCAUGCUUUGAUCUUGGGCAGAGCCAUCACUGGACUCCAGUCUUUUACGGUUGGAAAUUAAACCCAUUUUUCUCUCGGAAUGUGGGUAUAAUGGACUUUUGCAUCUUUUUCUGCAAUGAGGGAAAUACUUUAUCAACAUCCAUCCAUUCAUGUCUCUGUAUGCUCUCAAAUCUUUCGGUUAGUAAUGGGUCCAAACUCACUAAAAUCUGCUCGUACAAAUCUUCAACGGUAUCUUCUCUCUAGGGUAAUGGAUUGACAUGAAUUAAAAUGUCAAGUUACAAAGACAGUUGCAUUAUCAAACAAUUAAAGAUCUUGUGAUUAAAAUUAAUUAUUGAAAGUCACUGAUGCACAUUAUUCAUUGGAUCACUUACAACUUAAUGAUGAAAGAUAAUUCAUAGUCCACAGUAAAUUUCCUGGUGUGAAAUCAACACCACUCGGUGUACACACCAAGCAGUGUUGAUUUAACACUGGGGAAUUUACUUGUGUGGUUUCAAAAUACUGUUAAAAACAGGUUUUUAGUCAAGGAUGCCAAGCAUCCUGCUUGCACUUUAGAUUGACCCACUGAUCAUUGCCAAUGAUAAAUUUUGUUGUAUUUAUUGAGUCCUGAAAACAAAUCGAACAUCGGUAUCUUGUGAAUCUGUGCAUUCAUUCUGAAUAAAAUCUCAUUUGUUUGUU